GUGCUGCGGCUGUGAUCCGCGUUGGUGCUGUCCGGGUCUAGUGGACAGAGAAGACUCUUGGUCAGGCAAAUGGCUUCUCGGUGGCAGAGCAUGGGGACCUCUGUGCGCCGGAGAUCUCUCCGGCACCAGGAGCAGCUGGAGGACAGCAAGGAGCUGCAGCCUGGGGCCAGCCAUCAGGAGACCUCUGCAGGGGCCCUGGGGUCUCUGUGCAGACAGUUCCAAAGGAGGCUGCCCCUGAGAGCCGUCAACCUCAACCUCUGCACAGGCCCCUCCUGGAAGCGCCUGGAAACCCCAGAGCCAGGUCAGCAGGGCCUCCAGGCUGCAGCUCGCUCAGCUAAGAGCGCUUUGGGUGCCAUGUCCCAGAGAAUCCAAGAGUCCUGCCAAAGUGGCACCAAGUGGCUGGUGGAAACGCACGUGAAGGCCAGGAGGCGGAAGAGAGGCGCACAGAAGGGCAGUGGAUCCCCAACUCACAGCCUGAACCAGAAGAGCACUCGGCUGUCUGGAGCCGCCCCUGCCCACUCUGCCACAGACCCCUGGGAGAAGGAGCAUCACCACCUCUCGGCCCGAAUGGGCUCACGUGCCCACCCAUUACGGCGGUCAAGGCGGGAGGCUGCCUUCCGGAGCCCCUACUCCUCAACAGAGCCCCUCUGCUCUCCCAGCGAAUCUGACAGUGACCCAGAGCCUGUGGGGGCAGGAAUCCAGCAUCUCCAGAAGCUGUCCCAAGAGCUAGAGGAAGCCAUUAUGGCGGAAGAGAGUGGUGACAUCGUCUCUCUCAUUCAUGACUGAGGAAGUGCCUGCAGGAAACAAGCCCUAUCUGACCGCCAAGUCUUCGUACUCAAGGAUGUCUAUGCUUCCCCAUGAGCUUCCCGGAGGAAACCCCCAGGAGUUGUCAGUACCCCCGGGCCACUGCUAACAAGCACCUAACAAGGGGCCCAGAGCCCCCUGCUCCGGCCACAUCUGGACCCAUCAGUGACUGCCUGCCAUAGCCUGAGAGUGUCUUGGGGAGACCUUGCAGAAGGGGAGAAUUGUUCCUUCUGCUUUCCCAGGGGACUCUUGAGCUUAGAAACUCAUCAUACACUUGACCUUGAGCCUUCUAUUUGCCUCAUCUAUAACGUGAAGUGCUAGCCUCAGAUGUUUGAGAGCUCUUAGCUGUGUACCCACGUGCCUGGUUUUUGGGGAGUCAUCCGCAGAGUCACUCACCCACCGUGUUUCUGGUGCCAAGGCUCUUGGGGGCCCCAUUGUCAUCCCCGCUUUCCCUACCAGGGACUCGGAGGAAGGCAUAGGAGAUAUUUCCAGGCUUACGACCCUGGGCUCACGGGUACCUAUUUAUAUGCUCAACGCGGAGUACUGUGGGUGUGCCGGGAGGGGGUAGCCCUGUUCAAAAGCAAUUUCUGCCGUGUGUAAAUUAUUUAAGAAACCUGCUUUGUCAUUGUAUAAGAAACCAGCGUGUGACUUUCCUAGAUAACACUGCUUUCUCAUAAUAAAGACUGUUGGCAUUUGACAUCUGUUCUAUUUCACCGGCCACCUCCAACCUUCCCCGCCCUCCCACACCACUCUGGGCCAUAGAUCUGUCAUUUGUGGUCUGGGGUCUGGCCCUCAUCCACCUCUGCUCUGAGCCAGUCUGCCCCCAAAACCCAUCCCAGGGAGAACAUGUAUAAAGGGAAAGGCUUCUCGGCUUAGUUCAGACGCAAACACACCGUAAAGGCAAAUAAGGUUUUUAUUUAAGUGACAACAUUUGAGAGCUAAAAACCAGCUCACAUCAAAAUCAAGACCAGUUGUAAAAAUCUUUUAACUCCAUAAUGCUGUUUUUAUCUUGUUAGAAAUCUGAUAUCUUACAUUAGCGUUUCUAACGGAUUUUGUACAAGGCAGCCGUAAGGAAUAUAAUAAACCUUUUUCACCACAGAACCGUCUGUCACAGAUAAUACUGAAAGUUACACACUUGGGAACAGUCAGACCACAGACAGGGUCAGACGGGCUGCCACCGCCAAGUAAACAAAUAGAAAAGGCCAGCGGGGUCCGAGGGCGGGGGUCCCUGUGCAGAGUCACCUCCUCUGGCCUGCCCCUCCUUGGGUCACCUGCUUCUCCUUUGCCCUAAAGAGGGUGGAGUCAAAUUCGGAUUUUCCUCCCAACUGCCUGUUAGUUUCUCAACAAGGAGAGCAGAGCCCAGAUCAGGCCUCAGUGCUUGGACUUAACCCUAACUAUGAUUUUUAAGAAGGUUCCCCCAUGCCCGGAAGGAAAGGAAGGAGGGAAUGUUACAAUAGGUUUCCAGGGCACUUGGCACCCAAACCCCCCCGAGAUGGGAUUCGGUGGGAAAGGUGGUAGUUUAAGGCGGGGUCAGGGCACCCCUCCCGGGGCUGCACCUGGGCUGGGGGGGAGUGUGAGGAUGCAGGGGGCCCACGUGCCUCAUGAAAGACUCCAGGACACAGGAAUGGGUCCCAAACGGGUAAAAAUACAGUUUAAGAACCGUGAACUCCAGCCUCGUCUCUUCCAGAGAGCCCACCGCCGGAAAACUGGAAUACUGGGAUUCAAACACAUUUGUUUGCUGUAGCCCAGCACCCAGACAAGAGGACCAUUCAUUCCAAUGCAUGAAAGGAGUCUGUUUUUUUAAAAA